AUGGUUCCCAAUCAAGGAAUUAUAUGUGGAAAUGACAAACAAACAGAGUGGGAUUCCAAAGAUGGAAUGAAUGAAAAUGAGUUCCUUACACAGAAGAUCACACCACUUGUGUGGUUCACAGCAGGAUCCAAGUGUGACCAGUGGUCUUCCAAUGGAGCUCUGCGGAGCACCCACUGCUGCUGCAUAGUUAAUCAGCUGUUUCCCAGGAGCCCCAUAGGAUAUGACUGUUCAGAUAUCUGGAAAAGAAACAAAACUGCUAAGAGUGGAAUCUACACAAUACAACCAGAAGGUGCUAACGUUAAUUUCCAGGUGUCCUGUGAAAUGUCAGCGACCGGUGGUUGGACCCUUAUGCAGAAUCACAAUGGAGAGGAUGGGUUGUCCUUCAACCAAGUGUGGGCUGACUUUGAAAAUGGAUUUGGAAGACUUGAUGGUGAACACUGGCUGGGGCUCAAAUACAUUUUUCUCCUGACGCAUCAAAAUUCUAGACCUAGCAAGCUGCGAAUCAGCAUUGGGGACUUUGCAGGCAACUUAGCUUAUGCCCAGUACACUGCCUUCAGCGUUGGGAAUGCAGGACUCUUCUACAAGCUCUCAGUAGGAAGUUACUCGGGCACAGCAGGAGACGCCUUCCGUGGGGAUAUCGGCAAUACUGCAACCAAUCAGGACGGCAGCUAUUUCAGCACUCAGGACAAACCCAAUGACAACUGUACCCCAAUGUGCUCCACUGGUGACAUCUUGUAUCCGAGCUGCAGUUACUAUCAGCAAGCUGGAUGGUGGUUUAAUGCCUGUGGGUUAGCAAACCUGAAUGGGGAUUGGCACAGUUCAGAUGAUAAUUCUUACUGGAUAUCUUCAGUGUCGUGGCCAACAUGGAGGGCCAACCAGUCCCUGAAAUUCAGCAAGAUGUAUGUGAUUUUCGAUUAG